AAAGUCAAAAUACGAAUCAAGUGCUUGCACGCACUUGCAGCUCCUAGUCCGGUAGCCGCAAUGGCACUGUUACAUAAAAAGGUAUCGGAAAUCCCUCAGGAUGCGGUCCGGCUCAACGAGGACGAGGCGGUCAAAUACUUUCUCAAGCUGGUGCAAAACUGGGAGAACAAGUCCGAAGUGUGGCCGAUCGUGUACACACCCGGCGUUCUCGGUGCGACCACGGUGUUCUCCAGCUUUUACAUCAACAACUACUUCAGGCGGGUCCUGAAGCUAGGGAAGUAUGGGCGGUUAUCGAGUUAUUUACCGUCCGUUGCGCUGCCCGCUAUUAUGGCGACGAUGUUCCACAGCACGUUUGUGCUUCCGGAUGCAGUGUUGCACAAACAAGCAUGCCCGGUGUGCCUACAGACGCGUGCGGCGGUAUUUCAAAGUUGCUUCGCUGUCGGCUAUCCCAUGCUUCUGGUCCCAUUGUCAUCGUUUAUGUUCGCCACCCGACAUUUCACUUACCGACUGCCAUCCAUCACGGAGAAACCGAAGGAAGUUUUGAAACUGUUCCGUAAACUUUCCGGUCCCAUUACUCUACCACUUACCUUGAUGUUAGCAUUUAAUUUGACGCUUUCCAUAUUCCUAACCGGUAAGGAAUUCGAGGCUGUACACAAGGUUAACCUUCACCUACUCGCAGUAGAACGAAAGCUCGAAAGCGAAGGUUUAUUGCCUACCGAUUGAUCCAUUUGUAGAUUGUUGUAUAGAAAUAAAACCCAAAUAGUUGGGGUAUAAGUUAGUCAUAA